GCCAAUACAAAUUAGUCGGAAGUUCCUCACCAUCUUCGGCGGAAGUAAGCUUUUGUCCCACCGCCUAGACCGUCCGUGUCUGCUUCUCCUGCAAGAAGAUUUUUUUUUAUUGUCAACAAGCGAUUAAGAGAUGUUUUGAUUUAUUAUAUUUUAUUUCUUAUUUUCACUUCAAGUUGCAUAUAUAGAAGUUUAUUUGGUCUGUUCUUGAAGCCUGUGUUUGCUCCGCGAAAUGGACUGUCAGGAAGCAGAGGAGAUGGCCUCUGAGGAUCCAGUGCCAAGAAAUGGCAUCGGGCUGACUGAAUUCUCUGAUGAAAUCUUGCUGAAUAUUCUCAAGUUUGUGCCUCGCUAUGAUUUAAUCCUUAGCAUGAGGAAAGUGUGUAAAAAGUUUGCUAAUUUAUGCUUGGAUAAAAGCCUUAUUAGCAAAGUACUGCUAUCCAGAGACUACCAGGUAAAUGACAAUAAAGUGAAAGAAAUGGUUAAAGAAACAGCUACCAAAAUUCAGGAGUUAAAUGUUAGUGGGUGCUACUGGCUGUGUCCACAAACAAUUGACCAGAUAUCCAGAUGUAAGAAUUUGGUCAGACUGGACUUGUCGGACUGUCGAUUGACCUCUCUACGUUUGUCAAAAAUGCUGUCCUGUCUUCGGUCUCUGCACUCUUUGGCCAUCGAUAUUAACCAUGGUUUUGACUCCAGCCAACUCAGCAGUGAGAGUAAAGCAACGCUUAGCCAAGUGACAGAGCUCAAGCAGACCUUAUACACACCAUCCUACGGAGUUGUGCCUUGCUGUACAAAUUUGGAAAGACUUCUUUUAUAUUUUGAAAUUAAUGACUACACCAGAGAUGGCACAAUGGUUUCCUGUCAGCUAAUGGUGGGCCAGAGCAGUGUCCCACACUACGAGAACCUCAAUAUUUUUUAUGCUAGGUUGGCACCUGGCUAUGUCAAUCAGAUUGUGAUGAGACUUUAUCUAGCAGUUUUCAGUGUUCGGGUACCUGAAAACCUGCGUGCCUUUGUCAUUUCCAUCCCUGGAAAUUUCCCCGAAAGUGGAGCAGCAGCAAAAAACAUUUUAGAGGGUAUGGCAAAAAAUGCUGCCCUGGAAUCCUUGCAGCUGCCUAAGACGUGGGUGGAUAGUACUUCUUUCCUACAGAAUUUAAAACUUACUGCACCUUCUUAUUUAAAUUUUAGUCGCUGCAUGGUGUUGGGCAGCCAUUUGAUUCACCGAAUGCUGAAUGAUGGCAAGGACUUCAGGUCUCUUAUAAGUCUGAAUCUCAGUGGAUGUAUACACUGCCUUUCCACAGACUCCUCCCGAAAUGCUGAUGAUGAUAUUGACUGGGAAGUGCCAGAAACGCUAGUAAGCGCAUGCCCUAAUUUACAAAACCUCAACUUGACGGCCGCCCAUCAUCAUAGUCAUCAGGGUUCUGGAAAGCAUUUGUGUGCUAUCUUGGCCAAACUGAAGAAUCUGCAUUCUUUGGCAUUACCAGUGUGCAGCAUUUCAGAUGAGGUAAAAAACUCUGGUUCACCUCCAGCCCAUAGUGUGCAGCCAUCAGGACAUUCGCUCACUUUUGGCUUUAAAAAGAAUAUUAGAAUUGGCGUUAAAACAUACCACCCUAAAAACAGCUUGGAGCAGUCAGACCAGAAUUCUCCAAACUCAAGUUUUAGAGGUCUGCUUGAGGCUGUACCUUUUGUUUAUGAGAUCGAACUAAUAGGAUCAAGCUUUUCUUCUUCCAUGCCUCGCAAUGAGCCAGCUAUUCGUAAGGAGUUGCCACCAUGUCCUCAGGCAAAACAGAUCGGGGAUGAGGAGGUGGCAUGGCUUGGUCAUCUAAAACUCUUAAAAUCUCUGACCUUAGCACAGCUGCCUGGUGUCCUGAAUGGGGCUGGACUAUUACAGGUUGGCAUGAUGUGUAAAGAGCUGCGAGUGCUCUCUCUAGCAAAUUUGGGAAUGCUUAAAAAAGUAACAUACAUGCCAUACCUGAUUGAGUGCUUUAAGCACUGUAAGCAGCUGAAGGACUUGCGUCUUGAGCAACCAUACAUCAGUGCCAAUAUUCAGUUUUUCCAGGCCCUCACCCACUGUGUUGCUCUUGAACGUCUCUGCAUUAUUUCUCGUAACGGCACCUUUCAGCCAGAUGCGGUGAUGUUGUUCAUGGAGCACUGCUGUAAUGUAAUCAUGUUGCACAUGUUCAUGGGAGAAACCCUGGUAGCAAGUAAAAACAUGCAACAAGCUCUUCUACAAAGGUUUAAGGCCGAACGACCUGCACUGAAUGUGGUCAUUUACCCACUGCUGCAUGAAGGUCUUGCUGACGUCAUCAGAGAUGUUCCCCUUACACACCUGGAUGAAAUCACUUUGUUCAAGAGCCGCGUGGCCGAGGAGCCACCGAAACUGUGGUGGUAGACCGAAGAGCAUGUUCAUUUCAUUUGAAUAACUGGCUGAAAGUGAUACCGUGUACAGCAUCUGACAUCAUUUGUUCACUUCCCAAAUAUAAGCACUUGUAUACUGCACUAAGUUGCACUGUAGCUUAGCCAGCUCCGCUAAAUCCAAGGGCCUUGUUUAACGUAGAAAGUCUUUCAAUUGGCCGGAGAGGCUUGACAAUGUAGUGUGUUAAAUGGUUAUUUUAUAAAGGGUCAGCAUUGCCAGUUUAAAGCAUUACAGUGUUCCGUAUUUUUAACACUAACUAACGUCACUUAUACAUAAAGCACUUUGGUGUUAUUGUUUGACAUCAUUGAUGGUAACAGCCCAUAUAAAAUAUUUUGAUGCUGCUUGUGGGUUUUGCUCUUUAUAGCAGUGUGCUGUUAGCGCUCCAUCCCUGCCUCUUACAAACCAGCAGCACAGCCUGAGAUGUUUGUUUCUAUUGUGUACUGUAGUGUCUAAGCAGGAAAUCUUCUACUCAUGCAGAACGUCUGCGGCCUGUCAGGUGGAGGCUGGUGUGAGCUAUUACUCUUUCAUUACUUUCUAGCUGGUGUGAUUUUUCUCUACCCCCACCACCCCCCACUCCCACAGCGGUAACCGCAGAAGAACCUAUCAGCCUUAUUAAUGGUUCUGCCAGCUACAUUGUGAAGCCAGUGGACGUGUGAAUGCAAUGGCUAAUUUUGUAUCGAUCCCUUGUAAUUUGUGUUGAGCAGUUUAGGGAUGUCUUAGAGUGUGGAAAUCCGUAAUGAACAAGCCUUACUCCGAUCUGUUUAUUCUUUAUCUGUAGAGUUCACUUUCUCACAGCUGAAACGGUCUGGUCAGGUAAUACGGACCAGACGGCUGAAAAAACUUUCAUUGUUAAAGAGUUGGUCUGAACUUUGUAUGAAAACAUGCAUUGAUUUUUUCUUUCUUCUGAAAUAGUAUACAGACAUUGCAUUUCAAAAAUUAAAUGCAUUUUUUUUUGCAUUCAUAGGAUAUAAACACUAAAUGUGAUUAUUAUAAUUUUUUUUUUUUAAUUAAAGAAAUAGCAUAACAUUCUCUAGCUGGGUCCAAAGUUUUGGAAAUGGAAAACUGGCAAAUAUAUAUAUAUAUCAGUAUGUUUUCUAGAAAGAAUAAAUUGAUUUUGGUUCCUUGCUGUCGUGCUGCAUUCAUGUUUUACUUUUUGUAGACUGAAUAAUUCAAGAUUUUUUAAAAUUUAUUUAUUUUGGGGGGGGGGGGUAAUUUAAAGUCAUUCAUUUUUCUUAAAUUUUGUAAUUACGCCGAAAAUGACGAGUGGAAGCACAUAUGGGCUAUAGUUCUCAUGAUCCAAAAAUGAUUUAUGAACGAGCCUUUUCUUGCUAAAGGGAAGGCCAAACAGCCGACUUUCUAGUUCUGUUGGCUUCAAUGUUUUUUGAAUACUUUUGUUCGGAUCCUUUUGAUUUGUACAUUUUAAAUAUAAACUCUCUCUCUGUUUUUUUAAAGGUAAAUGGAUUUAUGAGACCUACCUAUUAAAAACGUAAUUACUUUGUGGAAAGCAGGUACAUUUAUCAUGAGUAUUAUUAAAGCAGCUCUUUAGAAGAAAAAAAAGUUUAAAUUUAUUUGGUUUUAGUUCUUUUUGUUCUUAUUUGUACAACUGGAAUGAAAUCAUGGAAAAUUAAUUAACUAAUGGAGUUUUUAAUGCAACAGAUAUAAUGUCUUAGAUGGUGGUAGUGAAGGGUCUAUUCAGAAAUCUAUUUUAUGCCAUGUUGGAUGACAAAACCUUUGAGGUAUGUAAAGAAUGAUACAGGGAAGAGGGUUUGUAUUUACCAGAAAUGAUUACUAGUUUAGAACGCUGCUUGUACAUUUUUGGUUCAUAUCCUGCAUUCCUUACAUGAAGGUCAGAAAUUACAGCUGCUUCAUUAUUGAGGUAAAUUCAACUCCAUUAAGUGGUCACUUUUGAUCAUUAAAUGAUCGCUUUCGAUUUUAUUCUUAUGCUUGUGAGUACCAUAUAAGGAUUGGCAGCUGGCGCUAGUGUUGCUGCUCUGUUAAAACCAAUGUUAGUGCUCUGAGCAGCGGGAUUUGAACUCGGUGUAAUGGCGUCAUUAUGGCCCUCACUGAGUACACCAGUAAUGGUCAGCAAGUGGUCUGUAAUGCAGCAUAUUACCGAGCUGUGCUGCACUGCCCAUGGAGGCAGAUACACUGAAUUAAAAUAUCUAUAGAAAGGGACUAAUGACAUGGGGGCCUUCCACCUUUCAAAUACCACUUGGUCCCAAAUGAAAUCUGAGACCACUUAAAUUUUUUUCCAAUAGACAUACGUAAAAACAAGCUCAUCCAAACAAAUUAAAAUUCUGCAGUAAGAAGGAGGCUGUGAACUGGUGCGACGUCUUUCAAGUCCGUUUACUGUUUUGUUAAGUUCUCUUUUAGUUGUUGGGAGUAUUUAAGCAGGGUUGUUAAAAA